CCCCCCCCCCCCCCCCCCCCAACGUGCGGGAAGUCUACACUCGCGGCCGGCGCACAAAAAUGUAGAUCGUAGCUUUUAAUUGCUUGUCCUUACACACAACACCGCCAGAUUGUUAAUAUUAUGCUGCCUCGCGGCUCAAGCUGGGAAACGCUAAAUUUACACCGCGGUGUCUUUCGUAUUGCUUCUUUGAUUCCGGGGCAGGAAGUCCUCAUAGGCGGGCUUCUAAACUUUGUUUACAUCCGGGCAGUGGUCGGCACAACUAUGUUCCUCUCCCGCGCUGCCGAGUCGAGUCAUCUACCGCGAUUGCUUGGGGUUGCCCAAUCUUCGGUGCUGUUACCCUUCUUUUCUCGCGGAGUUGUUUAACAAAACCUUUGUUUGACGUCAUCGCAGCUGCUCGCAUGGCAACGCAGACAGCUGUUGUGGCAGUCAUAAUUCAGAGCUCUGAGAAGAGGUCUGCAGGAAGGAGGAGCCCGAGGAACAUACAUGUCGGUGCCUGGAAAACUUCUCGCGCUUGGAACCACCCUUCUGCUCCUUCUGGGAAAUGAGCAACAUUUUGGCCACCACGCCAUCGAAGCCAGGAGUGCUGAAGACACUCUCCCGCUCGAUAUGCGCAUUUUGGUGGCGCUGGAAGGGCUAGUGGACGCACUUGGAUCGAGACUGCAGAUGACGUACGUGGAUGCGGCGUGUGGACUUUUCUUCGCUGGUGACCGUCUACAGACCAUUCUCAACAUGAUCCAACCCCGCGCUGGAAACGAGUCAUUGGGCGCCUCAGGACAAUUGCCCGCAGGCUUCAACGUGAGCGUGGAGGAAAUAAAGUCUGUCCAAAGGAAAGCAAGACAGCUCGGAGACGCCGCCCUUGAACUAGUUCUCGAGACAACGGAUCUACCCAUAUUGUCGCGAGGAAUACUCAAGCACAACUUCUGGACCGACACACCUAUUCAGGCUGGCGUGGAACCAGCUGAGAACGCGUCGGGUACCGCGCCGUACCGCGCGAUCACCGAGGUGGCUUCGGAUACGUGCAUCACGCAACUAUUCUCCAACGCCCAGUGCCGGGACGUGACUAGCACUUGUUGGGAGACCAUGACGGGGGGACGGCACAGUGGCUAUGGCCUGACCCAUCAGGUGCUCUUCUUCAGCAUUGCUUUCAAGAUGAACUGCACGAGUGUCAUGGAAGAAUUUUCCGAGCUCUACGGGCAACCUCCACCUGCGCGAAACCUGGCUUCCAAGUGUGCCCAGGUAGCCGAUGAAGCCCAGUCGUUGGCAGAGAGCGGUUUCCCGGAGCGAAAGAGGGACCUUUUUCUUGAGCAGGUCGCUGUAUGCGGAUUCCUGGAUGGAGACGUGUUCAAGAACACAUCUUUUAUGGAAGCCGCUCUGUCCUGGCAGCGAGAUGACGGAUGCUUCGAAACGUGGCAGCACGAGAGCUCCCGGAAACAUCGGCGUAGAGUGAAGCGUGAAGAAAGAACCGAUGACGACGGAUGUUCGAUGCACAUGACAAGCGUGGGAGCAGCAGCCCUCGCUACCUGGUUGGGAACACUCGCACGGGUCGAGCUCCAAAGACAGCGGCUCUUGUCUUAAUCAGUGUGUCCGUUGCAUUGUUUACACAGGGAGACAGAGAACUGCGUGUAGAUGUUUCCGACGACCAUACUUUCGCGCAACAACGCCUGUGACGCAGGUGCUAUAGCUGAGAUCGUUAGCAAGGUGCUAACGACAGGUAGAAGCAAGAACAAAAGAACAGGGAAUCUGCAGGUCAUUCGACAGUGGUUCCAGCGUAAUUUUAUGAUAACAAUUGUGCAACUUCCGCUCCCUAUGGUCGAUAACAAGGCAGAAAGCGCCACGUAGUAUUGCCUUAGUAGGCAGAAUCUACCCUUUAUUCAAUGUUUGUUACCACAUAACUUACCUGUACUUACUGGCGCACCAAGAUUUAUGCUUCUGUUAUCAACGAUCACCAAACCUUUUCACGAGCAUUACAGCAUGCACAACUGAAGAAGAAGAAGAACAAUGUUUUACUUAGUUUAAACGUACAUAUAUACACAGUGGAGAUGAACAUUUCAUCUUAGCCCUUAGCAUCAGUGCUAGUCUUGGACCCAUGCAGAGUUUCUAUAAGUAUAAUAACUCAAGCACACAUUUUGCAGAAUAUGUGUAGACUUGAAUAAGUAUACAAAAAGAAAGAAGGACAAAACAAACAAAAAAGAACAAUAAAUUUUCAUAUACACCUAUAUAUAUAUAUAUUCUAAAAUUCAAGAGGUGUACAUAACAGUACAAUUCAACGUAUAUAACAGUGUAAUUUUAGUGCAGUAUUAGUGGAAUAGAAAUAUUUAUUUAUAAAUUAUAUUUUUGUGGCACGAAAUGUAAGUGCAAUGUAGGCUUAUUUAUCAUGUACUCGCUCUUGGCUUUCGCCAAGGACGCGCAGCUCCUAGGACGGCUCUGAAUACGCCUCGCCCCCCCCCCCCCCCCCCUCUUCCUACUCCCCAUUAUAGGCCUUCGAGCCAUCCCUUAAUAAAUACAUCUUGUCAUCAUCAUCAUGUGAUUGACGAAAGCUUUUGAUAUUUUAGCAUAUUUCUUAAGACGCAUGAAAGGUUCUUACUUUCCUUUAUCGCAAACGGAAUACCAUUUCAUGCAUUAGUCUCUACGUGCCCUACUGCACGUUUGCCGGAAAUAUAUAAUUUAUUGGUGGAAUAUUGAAAGUAGUUUGAGCCUGGUUACGAGUCUUUCUGUUUGGCCUUAUGAAGAUGCUGGAAGGUUAGCGGUUAGUUCAUGACCCAUUCGAUGGUCGUGACCCGCAGUUUGAGAAACACCGGCUUACUGCAUUUAUGCAAUGUUAAAAAAGGUCUGGAGUAAAGCAUCGUUUACCACUAUAAAAAUGUUUACACCCUUAAGGGUGCUACCUUGUCCCAUGGUUAACAGCCUUACCUUUAGGGCUAUAAGAUACUUCAUUGCACACGACGUCGAGCUCUACACGUGUGACGAGAAAAAGCGUAAUUGAAAGCACUGUAAUACUUCUGACCACCUUGGGUGCAGAGAUACAUCUGACAAUAGAAUUUGACAACGACACCUUUGAAACUUUGUGUAUUGCACUUUUCGUGUGGUCUGUCGCAGCUAUCACAAUUUUCACUUGCCACAAGAAGUCAGCAAACAAAAAACUUCUUCGUCCUCAAACUAUUCGAUCUUACCUCUUAAACGCGAAGGCGUUAGCCACGGGACAACCAAACACUCUUUACAGACCCAUACAGGUGUAAAAAAUGUUUAAUCGUGUGCAAGUAUUCGAUUACUAUAGAGUAAUUC